AUGUUUAAUCAGUAAUCAUUGAAAAAGGAGCACAAUAUUUUUAAAUUGAAGAAGGCAUUAAAAAAUCAUCUCAACUUUAUUAAAAGCAAGGUCCAAGUGAAAUAUUCUCGUUGUAAGAUGACGGAGAGGAAAUUAAAAUCGAAUAAGAUUACAUUGAAGCCUAAUAAAUAGAGUCAGAGGUGUUGGAGUAAAAUUUCUAUGAAAACUGUUGUGGUUAUGGGAACAAACAUGAAUUCCCCAUAAUAUAUUGGUUAUUGUUAUUCUUUUACACUUUUGCUUCAACCUCAGUUCUCGUAUUGGUAGGCUAUGCACAAGAGUUUCUUUUGAAUAAAUGGUUAAUCAACCUUCAAAAUGGAGAAGAUCUGGCUAGAAAAUUAGUGACGUUGAUGUGGCUAUUCUCAGGAUUUAUAACUCCCUUAUUAGGUUUCGUUAUUGAUAUGUAUGGUUAAAGAUCUAAUUUGGUAAGAUAUCAUGUAAAAUAGAAAGACUAUUUUCUCAGGAUUGAUGGCCAUUUGGGCUCACUUGUUAGUGUUAUUGCAAUCCCCAUUUGAAGGGUUACUAUUGUUAGGGUUCUCCUUCGCAUUAUCCUAUACUACUGUAUGGAGCAGUGUAUUAUAUUUAACACAUCCACACAAAUAUGGGAGAAGUUUGGCUCUUUUUGUGUGUUUAUAGAAUUUUGGGAUUUCUGUAACACCCCAUAUUUGCAGUUUCUUUGAGAUGUAUUAACAGUUUUAAUUAGGUUGACUGAAUCUAAGAUUGUGACAGAAUCAUUUUUAUUGUUGUUGGCUAUUAUGGCAACUAUGGCAUCUCUAUUGGUCUACAAAGAGGAUAAGAAAUAUGUGAAUCUAAUUGACAGGGGCCUCCAAGUGGAAAGUGAAAUUUCUUCUAAAAUGUAUCAAUUUAAAUUAUUUAGAAAAUCAUCAAAAAUUAAAAGUUGA